ACGAGUCAUUCUAAUCACACCCAAGGAAUCAUUAUUAGCUUCUUUGCUUGGAUUUUUUUUAUGCCGACAAACCACACCAAUCUGGAUUGCCGGUUCGAUUCCAAUGAAUGAUGGAGUGCUCUAUAGUUGUAAAAAUUUCUCGGCGUGCUAAACCUGAAAAAAUACCUACCCACUAUCAAUACGCGGCCGCACAUAGUAAACUAUAUCCUGCCCCUCUAUCUUUCUAUACCUAGCCUAAUAUAUCCGCUUUUCUAACCCGAGGCUCCAUCAGAGUUAUCUUCUUCAUGGACGACAUCACCAGUUCUAGGCCUGAGUCACCAGGGAUUGAUGCUUCAUUUAGUUUGAGUGAGUCCCUGGUGCCUCCAAGGGACCUAAAAACGGCAGGGAUAAGCAGUGUCACUUUUGAUGGCCUACUGGAGGUGCCUCUACACCUCAAAGAAGAUCUGAAGGAAGGAUGCGGAGGUCAAUUAUGGCCAGCUGGAAUGGUUCUCGCUAAAUAUCUCCUACGCCAGCACAAGUCCGAUUUGAUAGAUAAAACCAUUGUCGAAUUAGGAGCCGGCGGUGGCCUUGUGGGAUUGGCAGUUGCUCGCGGUUGCGAUGUGAAUCAAAAUUCUAUUUAUCUCACAGACCAAAAACCCAUGCUUGAACUCAUGCAAACAAAUAUUCAACUGAAUAAUGCUUCAUCUACAGCCAUGGCAGGCAUACUCAAUUGGGGAGAAGAUCUUCCCGACUUCAUACCUACUCAUCCAGCGGUCGUUCUAGCUGCCGACUGUGUUUAUUUCGAACCCGCUUUCCCUCUUUUGAUCGAUACACUUCAACAACUUCUGGGCCCAGAAUCUGUCUGUUACUUUUGUUAUAAACGACGGCGAAGAGCAGAUAUCAGGUUUAUGAAACAGGCCAGGAAGGUAUUUCAUAUCGAAGAGAUCCAAGACGAUCCCGAUUCCGAAACGUAUAAGAAGGAGAAUAUUUCACUUCACCUGAUACGUUUGAAGGACACUACUACACAUAACUAGGAACCUGGAAAGUGUUGAAAGGAUAGUUAUAGAUAAUUAGGU